CAGCACCCAACUCACCUUCUCCUCCACUUCACGAGUUUCCUUUUCUCUUUUCUUUGUUUCAUUCCGUCUCUCGGCCGGAUCCCGCUCCUUGAAAAGUUCUCUGUCACCACGCAUUCAUUCGAUCUGCUGGCAGGUUACGGUCCAUUCUUUGCUACUUAAGCACUUCUUCUGGCCUUUGACGACACCAUCUUUUCCAACACCUUUCCACACAAAGUUCCUCAGACAUAUACGAAACCUCUUCUACCAUCACUCGUCAUGCCUGUCCCAAGCUAUGGAGCCAUGCCUUUGAGCAAGACCUUCCUUCUCGUGCGAAUUCUUCAAGUCAUUUCCAUGAUAAUCAUCAUUGGCAUUUCGGCCAACUUCAUCUCUCUCAUUGUUUCGAACGGAAUAGAGCCUCCUAAAGAGUUUGUCGGAACACUCAGUGUGACAUGCAUCGCCACCCUCUAUGUUCUGGUCAGCAUUCCGUUCUACUGGUCUCAAGCCAACCUGGGACUCUUCGUCAUGUCCGGUGUGGACUCUCUCCUCCUUAUCGCCUUCAUCGUCGUCGCGGUGACGGUUGGCAAGCCUCUAUCCUUCCUCAAUUGCUAUGUUAUCGGGAAGGCGUCCAAGGAGGUCGAUGCCGCCUCCGCCUAUGCCUUCACCAUGUCGGUUUCCCAGAACCUCAACACCAUUGGAUCCAAGCUUAACCUUGGCAACUGGGCUGGUGCUACCAAGUCCAACUGCUUCCAGUCCAAGGCUGUCUGGGGCUUGGCCAUUGCCCUCUGCAUCUUGUUCACUACCUCCUGCGUUCUUCUCCCAACGCUCUUUUAUAAGAAUAAGAAGGCCAACACGGCUCCAAAGUCCGUUGACGUCUGAAUACCAUGAUAGGGAGCAUGAACAUGAUUCAGAAAAGGAGCGACCAGUCAGAUAGUCAAGCACGGCACCAAGCCAGCCGACAGCCUUUAUAAUCAAAACCAAAUUUAAAAAAAAGGGCACUGGAAGAGGUUAAUUCUUUGGGGUCUUGUUUUCUGUCAUUCCUUAUCAACACCCCGAUGGAUGAGAGCUCGCGCAUCGAAGUAUCGGAAAUUGUUGGGAGUUAUUUUCAUUUUUCAUUUUUCGUUUAGACAUUGAAUGUCUCUAAUCCUAAUGGAUCUAAGCAGCCAGGGAAUCAAUAAAAAUUUGUCACUCGUA